AUAGAUCAUUGCAUUUGGUUAGCUAUUCUUCAUCUAGUGACAGCUCAGGCAGUGAAGAAACUCCACCAGUAAUUAAGAAAUAUAAAGAAAAUUCUUCCAAACCUUUAGAGUUACCUGGUGCCAUUGCUAACAUGUUCAGUGAAGGUGAUCAUAUUGAUGUAGCUGAAGAUCAUGAUGGAAGGAAAAGAUCAUUUGCUCACGUUAGAGGGAAUUGGCCUACAUACGUAUACAUACCAAUUACAUUUUCUGAUGGGUUCAACAAUGUAAUAGAGUCUUUCUUAAAGAAGUCUUUACAAGAUGUGAUACCGUUCCAGUCUGAACUACAUCUCAGUCUCUCACGUACUGUACCAAUACAGUAUCACUGGAUACAACCACUCACUGCAUCUCUGAUGGAAUCAAUCACCAAUAAUCAUAAAAGGUUU